CCAAAAUGUUCAGGUUAAAGUUUGGGUUAAAGUUUUGUAAUGGCUUACCAUUCACUUAAUAAUGAUAUUAGGAUGCUGAUUCUUAGCAUAGAGGUUAUUUAGGGGUCUCGCAUUAAUGCUGUGGAUUGAAAAUGGAAAAUAAUAAAACAAAAUCGGGGAAUUGUUGACAUGUUUUGGACUUAACUAUCCUGGCCAAAAUGUUCAGGUUAAAGUUUGGGUUAAAGUUUUGUAAUGGCUUACCAUUCACUUAAUAAUGAUAUUAGGAUGCUGAUUCUUAGCAUAGAGGUUAUUUAGGGGUCUCGCAUUAAUGCUGUGGAUUGAAAAUGGAAAAUAAUAAAACAAAAUCGGGGAAUUGUUGACAUGUUUUGGACUUAACUAUCCUGGCCAAAAUGUUCAGGUUAAAGUUUGGGUUAAAGUUUUGUAAUGGCUUACCAUUCACUUAAUAAUGAUAUUAGGAUGCUGAUUCUUAGCAUAGAGGUUAUUUAGGGGUCUCGCAUUAAUGCUGUGGAUUGAAAAUGGAAAAUCAUUUUAUUUUUUGGGGAUUUUUUCACAUGUUUUGGACUUAACUAUCCUUGCCAAAAUCUUCAGGUUAAAGUUUGGGGGGCUGGUAGGGGACAUGUAUUGGUUCAUCAAUACCCACAGAAUGCUUGUUAGUAUUACCUUACCAAUGCAAUCUUAUGAAGUGAAUAUUGAUACAUUUUUCACCAACAAUAGGAGGUUGCCCGUUUGGUUCCUUGGAGAGCUUUUCCAUACUAUGCAACGUUUUUGCUGUUUGCAGCAUUGUCAUUGGCAAAUGCAAGGCUGCAUGUUCUUCAGCUGACAUGGACAAAUAUACAGGAAUUGCAGCAUUGUUAUAUUUUGCAGGAGGUGUCCUUAACGUCGCUGCGUGUGCAGUAGUCAGGGAAAGGAUGCAGUCUCUAUCUUUCACAUCUCUGGGUAUCUCCUAUUACCUGAAUAUUAUAUCCGGCUGCUACACAGUUAUACAGGCUGUGGUACUCGUUAUAGUAAAGACAUGCGGGGAAAAUAUCCGACGACUCAAUCCCUCAGCAUGCAUAGAAAGGAAUACAUCAGCAUGUUUAGAACGAAUCACUUCGUCAGGUACAGAAGAUACUAGUCCUGAAUGUGAUGACAGCAGUGAUUCUCUGGAUAAUUCAUUUUCUGAAUGAGGAGCCGUGUGUAGUCCUGCUGGUGUAUCAACAGUUUCUAGAAUCGUGGAUCUACAAAAGGGUUCUGAAUUUGAUGACAGCAGUGAUUUUUUGGAGACUUCAUUUUCUGAACGAGGAGCCGUGUGUAGUCCUUCUGGUGUAUCAACAGUUUCUAGAAUCGUAGAUCUACAAAAGGAACCAUACGAUGCUGCAAUGAGAGGAGCUCAAGUUCGUAUUGAUAAAUAAAUAUUUUAAAAGUUGUUUAUUAGUGAAAAUAAAGUUUAAAUGUUGAAGCAAAUGUGUAUCGACUAGUACAUAUUUGUGCAAACGUACUCAAGUAUAUUGUAUGCUGUCUUGACUACAUUGUUAACACAUAUCAAUGUCAAAUUUGCUACCUGAAAUCAUCAAUAAGAAAACGCUAGCUAAAACGACAUCGCGAUUGCAAGAAUGGCGUCGCUUUAUCAUAGCAUUAAAUACCGCCUAAAUGUACACGGUCUGUAAAUUGGCUUUAUUACUGCAAUAAUAUUUAACUUGUAUAUAACCAAAUAAAUAUCAAUAUAGUUUAUCAGAUUAUAAGUGUGAUAAUUAAUUAUGAAUAGUUUUCUGUAACUCUAUAAUGAUUAACGGUUGAAUAAGCUAUCACAUCCUUGCAUCCUGUCCUAUAAAUGUGUGUGUUAUCACAAAAUAAACAAGGAUUAUCUUUUGUAACA